AUGCGGAGCACGGAAAAGUCUAACAAUGACGCGGAGGAAGUUACCGGAGAAAUAAAUUACGACGAAUUGGCAAACAACAUGUUGGAAGAAAUGGAUAAACAUAUACAUGAGGAAACACAAGAGUUUCAUCAUAGCCCAGGGAAUGUCCACUACAGAAGUGUACUUGGUGGAAAAAUGAACAUGGGAGUGGAAAACCAAGCGACUGAGUUGCAAAAAGCAUACCAGACAAAUGACCAUUAUAAUCAUAACCAGGGUAACAGAAUAGACGAACAUACAGUGCAUGGAGGUUCGUACCCACGUCGAGUGAUGACAGCAUUAGGCCCCCUUCCACUGCCAGAAGAAUUCAAAAAAAACAUCCCAGAAAAAUUUGUUGCAAAGCCUAUUAUAGAAGAAAGAGAAAUAUAUGUAUCGAAGAAGGAGAGGAAACAGAGGGAAAUAGAAAUACCACAUGUAAAAUAUGAGCAUACAUUUGAGAAGGUAAAAAAACAACUCAUUGUGAACAAAUUAGUACCGAGCGUUUCAGAAGUAAUUAAGGAAGUACCGAAAGAAGUGCUAAAACCAGUCAUCGAAGAGAAAAUUAUCGAAGUUCCACAAGGAGUUAAGUAUGUGGAAGUACCUGUAGAAGUGCCAUGUCUAUAUCCACCGAAAAUUGUCCCAAAGGUUGUAACGCAAUAUGUAGAAAGAAUCGUGGAAACUAUAAAGCCAGUCGUUCAGGAGAAAAUUAUUGAAGUGCCGCAGACGGUGAUUAAACAAGUGCCUAAGAUAAAAACAGUAGAAGUGCCUUAUUAUAUCCCUAGAUAUGUGGAAAAAAUUGUAGAGGUUCCUUUUAAGCCCAAUGGGGAAAUGCCUCAGUUGGGCACACACAUCCCCUUCCCCAUUUCGGAAUCCUUCCCGCCCCUGAAGCCCACACAGUUUUUGAGUAACCCUACAAGGCAACCAAAUCAGGCAGGCCAGUUUGAGCAGCAUGGGAAAUCUAGCCAACCUGAGCAUCUGCAUGCGCAACGCUCCAUCCUUUCCCAAAUAAACUGUUUUCCCAAUUCUGGUAAAAGCAUUAUGAAUAGCUCUGAACAAAUGUUCGGAAAUUUGACUAUGCCACCAACAACUCUGAAGCCAAUAGGUGGCAAUAGCGCAACCAACACACCCAGGAGCAUCCCAAGGAACAUCCCAAGGAGCGUACCAACCGGUUCCAAUUCCCCCUUUAGCUCUAACCAGAAUUUUAGAAAAAACGAAAAUUUGUUCAGCCAAAUUGAAAACUUACCCUACAUACAUAAUUUACCUGAUGGCUUGAAAUGGCAAUAUCCUGAUGGAACCUUGUCGAAUCAGCAGCUCCUCCCCAAUAGCAACAACGCAGUUCCACCACUCGUGUUCACUUGCCCACCAGAAAUAGGAAAAGUUACAUGCACAAAGAAGGACAUUCAACCGGAUAUUCUCACCAAAACCGGUGUUUACGAAUUUGAUGGUUUUAAAAAAAAAGGAACAUCUCAGUCUUUGUUUCCUCCUCUGGCUCACCAUGACCGAGUGCCAUUUUUGCCAUCCCCAGCUUCACCUGGAACCCCCGACGUCAAGAACAUUCAGGAGAAUAACUAG